GCAGAAAGACAGGCAUCUGGAUAAUAGGGAGACAGAGGGAGACAGAGGGCUCUGGUCUAUUGGUCUAUUGGUCCAUUGGUAUUCUGGCGCUCUGCCUGGCAUACAGAAGGAGAGUCUGUGAUUGUGUGACACAGACAGAGGAGAGGAGAGGGGGAGGAGAGAAACCUGAGAUGAGCAGUUUUAGAUGUAAGACGGGUGGUCAGAGAGAGGAGGGGCGUGAGACUGUAAAUCAAGAACAGAAGGCAGAGAGAAAG